AAAGCUUGUUUAGCCCCAAUUCUCCUAUGCAGAACGAACUGCACUCCUGUGACCAAUUUUCAUCCGUCAGCAGGAUAAAGUCUGCUGGCUCAACCUCUCUGCAGAUCAGAAAGCUGGUGACCGACAGUCACUGCUCUCUACUCAGAGAGGAGAACUGAACGAUCAGCAGUAUUUGUUUGCUCAGUUCUCGGUUUAGAGGUGGCGGGGGACAAAUGCAGCAUCAAACCAAUGCUGCAUCCACCUAGGUGACUAUGGAUGUUUUUAUUUUAUUUUUCGAAACCCAAACUUCUCUUUAGAGUCAGAGUUUCUGAUUUGCAUACUUGUUCCUGGUUAGGACUUCACAAAGUAGAGGAGCCACUGGAUUAAUAUGACAACCAGAAAAUGUGUAUUUUCAAAAAAAAGGGAAGUCCUUGGCAGCCUCCAUAUUUUGGCAGUGCAGGGUUCCUUCAAUAAAUAAUUUAGCAAUUAUUUAAUCGAUAUACAACAGAUUUAUUAUUUUUUUCAUUUGCCUGGAGUUCAUCUUGAUUUAUAUCACAAUAUUUUAAUUGUCAAAAUAGAUUUUAAUCAGAUUUCACAUAUAUUAGGAAAUCAAGUUUGUUUACAUCUCCUUUGCCUUGGACAUCUCAUCCUUACGAGCCAGUGAAUGGUUAAUGAUUACGUGUUAUGAGGUGAACCGCUUUUAAUGUGCAUUGCAGGUUUUUUUUUUCCCUGUGUGUUGUCAGUCUUUUAGAGGAGACUUCAUUUGACAGAGCCGAGCAAAGGAAAAGCCUGGCAGAGAGACGGAGAGCCACUUAAUAUGCACUGCUCCGAUCCUCAUUUGCAAUUCUGUUAGAGUGCAUAUUGCUUUGCAGAAAUCAGUGCUGCAUUCAUUCUGUUAACCUGAAUAUAGCAGCUGACAUCUUUUUUUUUAUUACAGCUAGAGGUGGAAGGACCCAAACUUGCAGAAUCCCCCCUCCCCCCCCCUCACCCCCCUUCGGAGAGUGUUAGUCCAUUCCUUUAUAGUGGCUCAUUUUGGCUCUCUGUCAGCGCCAGGAUGCUGCCAUUGGAUGUGUGUCAUGCUCUCAGUAGAUUGUGAUAGAAUAGAACAGUCAUGAAAGCCCAGCGGGAAAGGCUGCGAAUUCCAGGCUUGACCUUGGAUCUCACCCCUCGGAGCUUGAGUCCAACCCCAACAAGCCCCUGCAGUCCUUGUAGCCCAUUGUAUGCUUUCCAUUUCUGGAGUUGUAGGACCAGCAAUAGGAAGAGUUUAAUUGGCAACAGUCAGUCUCCAGCCCUUCCUCGACCCCACUCGCCUCUUUCUGCUCACACUGGGACCAGCCCACAAGACAGCCCAAGGAACUUCUCCCCCAGCGCCUCGGCUCAUUUUUCAUUUGCACGAAGGACAGAUGGACGACGCUGGUCUUUGGCAUCCCUGCCCUCAUCCGGCUAUGGCACAAAUACACCAAGCUCCACCGUGUCUUCCUCCUGCUCCUCCCAGGAGAAGCUGCACCAGUUACCGUAUCAACCAACGCCUGAUGAACUCCAUUUUCUGUCCAAACAUUUCUGCACAGAGAGCAUUGCCAGCGAUGAAAGAUGCCGGAACACUCCGCUGCGACCUCGCUCUAGGAGUCUCAGCCCUGGACGUACACCUGCAUGCUGUGACCAUGAAAUCAUCAUGAUGAAUCAUGUGUACAAAGAACGGUUCCCUAAGGCCACGGCUCAGAUGGAGGAGAGGCUUCGGGACAUUAUAACCAACUACGAUCCUGACAGCGUACUUCCGCUUGCAGAUGGCGUGCUCAGCUUCACCCACCAUCAGAUUGUGGAGCUGGCUCGAGAUUGCCUGGACAAAUCCCACCAGGGCCUCAUCACCUCAAGAUACUUCUUGGAGCUGCAGCAAAAGUUAGAGAAGUUAUUACAAGAGGCUCAAGAACGAUCAGAAAGUGGGGAAAUGGCUUAUAUCAAACAAUUGGCCCAGAAAAUCUUAAUCGUUAUUGCACGCCCAGCAAGGUUACUGGAAUGCUUGGAAUUUGAUCCUGAGGAAUUUUAUUACCUCUUGGAAGCAGCUGAAGGCCAUGCUAAAGAGGGACAAGGCAUUAAAACAGAUAUACCCAGAUAUAUAAUAAGUCAGCUGGGACUUAACAAGGAUCCCCUUGAAGAAAUGGCCUUGUUGGCUACUUAUGAUAGUACAGUGGAAACUCCUGAAACAGAUGAGUCUAUCAGUAGCUCAAAUCGAUCACUGAAAAUUAGAAGAAAACCUUGUGAAGUUGACUUUGAAACAAUGAAACUGAUCAGCAAUGGUGCUUAUGGGGCUGUUUACCUUGUCCGCCAUAAGGAAACACGUCAAAGAUUUGCAAUGAAGAAAAUCAAUAAACAGAACCUAGUCCUUCGAAAUCAGAUUCAGCAGGCGUUUGUGGAGAGGGACAUUUUAACAUUUGCAGAGAAUCCAUUUGUGGUCAGCAUGUAUUGUUCCUUCGAGACCAGACGCCACUUAUGCAUGGUCAUGGAGUACGUGGAAGGUGGAGACUGUGCUACGUUACUGAAGAACAUGGGACCCCUGCCUGUGGAUAUGGCGCGGAUGUAUUUUGCAGAAACUGUUCUUGCUUUGGAAUAUUUACACAACUAUGGAAUCGUACACAGAGAUUUAAAGCCAGACAACUUAUUGGUAACUUCCAUGGGACACAUCAAGCUAACCGAUUUUGGUCUGUCAAAAGUGGGCCUCAUGAGUAUGACCACCAACCUGUAUGAGGGCCAUAUUGAGAAGGAUGCCCGAGAGUUUCUGGACAAACAGGUCUGUGGCACCCCAGAAUAUAUUGCUCCAGAGGUGAUUUUGAGGCAAGGCUAUGGGAAGCCAGUUGACUGGUGGGCAAUGGGAAUUAUCCUGUUUGAAUUUCUGGUGGGUUGUGUCCCGUUCUUUGGAGAUACCCCAGAAGACUUGUUUGGACAGGUUAUCAGUGAUGAAAUAAAUUGGCCUGAAAAGGAUGAAGCUCCACCCUCUGAUUCUCAGGACCUCAUUACAUUACUACUCAGGCAAAAUCCUCUGGAAAGAUUGGGGACAGGUGGUGCCUAUGAGGUGAAGCAACAUCCAUUCUUUUGUGCCUUAGACUGGAACAGCUUACUGAGACAAAAAGCAGAGUUUGUCCCACAGCUAGAGUCGGAGGAUGACACCAGCUAUUUUGACACCCGGUCUGAGAAAUACCACCACAUGGAAACAGAGGAGGAGGAUGACACCAAUGAUGAGGACUUCAGCAUGGAAAUCAGACAAUUUUCAUCAUGCUCGCAUCGCUUUUCUAAAGUGUUUAGCAGCAUUGACCAGUUGAUGCAGAACAAAAUGGAAGAAAAGGACGACAGUAGUGAAAAAUCAAAGAGCUUAAAUUUACCUCCUGUGGAAUCUUUGAGUUGGAGCUCUGAGUAUUCUGAGAUGCAACAGCUCUCAAUAUCGACCUUUUCUGACAGUGAAAGUCACAAGCAACGGAACAGCACCAGCCUGCUGCCAAAAUUUGCCAUCUCCUCUGACCUAGAACGAGAUGAGCACAAUGCUGGAGAUUCCCAGGAGGAAGGGGACAAGUCUGGUCUUAUUUCUGAAGACUCACCACAGGAAGACCCUGACCUCUCUACACCUGUCAGCAUUAGCAGCUCCACAGUGUCAGUGAGUAGUUUCUCAGAGCACUUAGAACACAUAAACGGAAGGAGCGAGAGUGUGGACAGUACAGAUAAUUCCUCAAAGCCCUCCAAUGAAAGCUCUUCUCACAUGGCUCGCCAGCAUUUAGAAAACACAGAGAAGCAGAGAAUAUUGGGGAAAGUCACUAAAUCAAUUUCUGCAAGUGCUCUGUCCCUCAUGAUCCCUGGAGAUGUGUACAGCGUGUCUCCAUUGGGUAGUCCUGUUUCUCCACUCUCACUGUCGUCGGAUCCAUCUUCAAGAGACUCCUCUCCCAGUCGGGAUUCUUCUAUCUCCUCAUUCAGUCCAAGGCAGCCAAUCAUUAUACAGAGUUCUGGCAAAAAGUUUGGUUUCACUCUUCAGGCAAUCAGAGUGUUUGUGGGCGACAGCGAUAUUUAUACUGUGCACCAUAUUGUCUGGAGUGUUGAAGAAGGUAGCCCUGCCUACCAGGCUGGUCUUAAAGCUGGAGAUCUUAUCACUCAUAUAAAUGAUGAGCCAGUUCAUGGGCUUGUUCACACUGAGGUCAUAGAACUCCUUCUUAAGAGCGGCAGCAAGGUGGCAAUCACCACAACCUCCUUCGAGAAUACGUCGAUUAAAACAGGCCCUGCAAGGAGGAACAGUUACAGAAGCCGAAUGGUGAGACGCAGCAAGAAAUCCAAGAAGAAAGAGAGUAUGGAACGGAGGAGGUCCUUUUUCAAAAAACUGACCAAGCAGCCGUCUCCUCUGAUUCACACAAGCCGAAGUUUCUCCUGCCUAAACCGCUCCCUAUCUUCUGGAGAGAGCUUACCCGCAUCACCCACCCACAGCUUGUCCCCCAGAUCUCCAACUCCCAGCUGCCGCUCCACUCCUGACUUCCCAUCGGGCACCAAUUCUUCACAGAGUAGCUCCCCAAGUUCAAGUGCUCCUAAUUCUCCAGCUGGAUCUGGCCACAUAAGGCCUAGCACUCUGCACGGGUUGGGACCAAAGCUUGGAGGACAGCGGUACAGGUCUGGAAGGCGAAAGUCUGCUGGCAGCAUACCACUUUCCCCAUUGGCAAGAACCCCAUCGCCUACUCCUCAGCCUCCCUCACCACAGCGCUCUCCAUCACCAUUACAUGGAUACUCCGUGGGGAACUCAAAGGCAACACCCAAUUUCCCAGCAAAGAUGCACUCUCCACCAACAAUAGUAAGACACGUUGUCAGGCCCAAGAGUGCUGAACCCCCAAGAUCUCCAUUGUUGAAAAGAGUUCAGUCAGAAGAAAAGCUCUCUCCAUCCUAUUGUUGUGAGAAAAAGCACUUAUGUCCACGCAAGCACAAUCUUGAGAUAACCAAAGAAGAAGUUCAUAAGCAAACACAACGUGAUUUAACAUUACAGAGCCUUGAGGAGAACACAUGUGAUAUUCCAGCAUUUACACGUGUGAGACCUGUGGAGCAAGGCUGUCUCAAGCGUCCAGCAUGUCGAAAACUCGGGAGGCAAGAGUCACUGGAUGAGCUGGAUAAAGAGAAGCUUAAAGCCAAAAUAGUCAUAAAAAAUAAAGAUAUUUCAGAAAGACAGGACUUUCUUCUAAAACAAAACAUAAUAUCAGAUUUGCACAGUGAAAUCCGACACCAGCUAACAGAAGCUGAUAAGGAUGACAAAGCACAAAUAAAAAGAUCAGCCAUAUCUGAAAAUAAAUUUUCUGCUUAUGACACUCGUUCAGGAGGCAUUAUGUUCAAAGAAGCUCCCUGCAAGAGUAUAAGUUCUCGCCCAAAUGGCACCAGCCUUUCUUUAGAUAGUCAAUCAUUCAAUCAUAGCUCUCCAGUUGCUGAAACUGCCCACAUGUCCUAUGAACUCAAGAAAGGACCCACUGCCUCCUCCUUCCAAGAGAAACUUGCCCAUCCAUCCGACAAGGGUAUAAAAGAUGACCCAUUGGAUAAACCUGCCACAGCAAACCUUGAUUACUUCCGGAAGAAAAAGUCAUUUGAAGACAAAGAUGGUAGUCUUUGCCCAGUUUUAAAGCCUAAAAUUGUUCCAGUAUCUCACGAAUGUAUGCAGUCUAAGCCUGUACAUUUACAGACAGAAUCUCUAGCCAUGCUAGAUAACCGGACUUGUAUGUCCAGUGUUCAAGGCACUCCAGUCUCUUUUACACCCUUAAAAAAUUCUAACAAUAGAAGCGAAAGUAAUGUAGACAAAUCGACUGUUACAACCACAGAGACACCUGUGCGGAAAAGCCCUUCUGAAUAUAAGCUAGAAGCAAGGUCUGUUUCAUCCUUAAAGCCUAUUGAAGGCACUUUAGACAUAGCACUACUGUCAGGACCAAAGGUUACAAAAGCUGAGCCUGAUAUUUGUAAUAAUCAAACAAAAUCUGAUGAGCAGAGCCGAAAUUUCAAGAGUGAAGGUCUAGAUAACUCAAAUGUGAUAUUUACCAAAACCAGCUAUAAUUGCUCUGGUAUUCCCAUAGUGAAAAAGGGACCCUUGGAGGAAAAACCCUGUGAGCCUCUACAGCCUUACUGCCGCACUGCAAAGAUUUGUCAAAACAAAGACUCCUCAUGCCUUAGAACAAAGGAAAACCUUAUGGAUGUGACAAAUUCUCUUCAAAGCCAAAGGAUGAGCACAGUAAAGCCAACAUCAUGCCCAGUAACUGAACAACUGUCUACGUCUGUGAAAGUUGAUAGACAAGAAAUGGUAAAUCAGGAGGUCUCCUCUGUCAAGUGCUCACUAGAGCAAAGACAUAGUUCAUCAUCCACUGAAAGGACUCGUAUGUCGAGGGAUUCCUUUGAGGAUUUCACUGCUACAAAUCUGGCAGACUACAGCAACUCAGAAAAGUACAGCUCAGCAUUGAGCUGUAUAGAAGAAGGAAAUACGGGGACAGCAGUAUCCCAAAUGGCACUUGAUCAUCAAAAAUGUGUUAAAAAAAAAGUUGAUGCUUGUCGUCCCAUUGAACUUGUCACUGCCAAAAAAAUUUUGCAGAAUGCAGAACUCUUUUCUAAAAAUCAGUAUAGCCAAAAUAAGCUGCAAGAUGCUACUCUACAAAAAGGAGAUCCAGGGAAUAUAAAGAAGAAUGGUGUAGAGGUCCCCCUUAUGAAAAGAGAUAAUUGUGUUUCUGACAUUAAGCGGUCAUCUACAGCUUCAAAUAUCCCACCUGUAACAAGUAUUAAAGCCCUUUCACCACUUAGGGAAGAACAAAAAGCAAUUUGCCUUCAACUUGUCAGCUCACUUAACAAACCAAAAUCAAUGGUUGAAUCUAAGUCCAGUUCUGUAAAAAUAGUUCUGUCUGAAAAAAGCAUUUUAACGCAAAACACUAAGCCAAGUUUGGCAGACCUACCAAAUAAUCAAAUAGUUACAAAUAAAACUGAAAGUUUUACACAAGCUGGCACUGGAUUAAAUGCAGUUGGAGUAUCUUCAGUUCAGAAUAAAGAUACCAUUAAAAAGGGACCCAGUUUUAGCUUUACAUCCUCCAAAAACAACGUGAAUACCAAGGACUCUACCACUGUUUCGAACUCUGAACAGAGUAUCAAUGUGACUGCAACAGUGAGGUCUGAUGCUGCAAGCACUGUUAACCUUAAGGAUUGUUCCGCAAAAACACAUCUAAAAGAAAAAACAAGCGCACAUAUGAAAUUAACUAGAACCAGUACUGUCAAAAGUUCUGUACAAAGUAGAGCUGUUCUUGAUGUUACAGAGACUGGACCUCCAUCCAUUGACAAUGGUCAAGAAAAUAAAUGCACUGAAGCACUUUAUGUUCAGAAUGACAAGGGCAAAAAGUUCACUCCCUUUACCAGUAAAGAUACUAGAGAGGCAACAUUGGACAAGCAAAAGUCUAGCAUCUCUCAGAACUUGGUUGGGAAAGAAAGAGACCAGAGAAAUGCACUGUGUGAUACUAAAAGUAUUGGCAGUGCUGCUUUGAACAAAGUUGGGAAUACAAACAUCUCUUUAUCCAAACCAGACAUGGCCGUAUGUCCUGUGAAUGUUUGUAAGGAUAAAGUGGAACAAAAUCUUAAUAUGAAUGUUGAUACUGUUAAAUCAAAGAAGGAUCUCCAAGAGAUCUCCAAUAGGUCUUGCCCUGCUACAAAAGAAGGCUGGCUAUCCAGUAAACCUGUCAUUGAGAAACAAGUUUCUAGUACCACCACACCAGGGACAGUUCGGAGAGAUCCACCUUCCUCUCCCAGCAAGAAGAACAUCACAAAAAGUAUACCCAAGCCACCAGCUGCAUCUCUGGAGAAUUAUUCCUCCCUUUCCUCAGAUAAAGACUUAAAAGGACAGAAACGAGGCAAGGACAGUGUUUCACAGAGUAGUCCUCAAAAAAAGACAUAAUCUGCCAGCACCUUCAUUAAGACCUCUUUACUGUAGUGGCUGCUGCUAAAUCAAGACUACUUUGAUAACCAGCACUGUGUUGUGGUUUAUUUGCAUUUGUACCAUGUUGUGUGUAAGAAAAAAAAAGCAAAGGGGUUUGUACUCAAAAUCCAGCCUGUAACUGGGUUGCUGUCCGGGUACACUCUUACAAGCUAAAAGGUGUGCCUGUAAUGUUUGAGACAGGGCAAGGGCUAUGGAAAAUAAGGUCUCUGUAGAGAGUUACUGUUGUAUUUUUUGUUGAAUGUAGAAUGUACAUUAGAAUGUUGAAUUCCACUGCUUAUUUUCUUAUUGUACAUUUUUUUUCUUACUGUUGACUACUUACAAAACUGAGAUCAGAACCCCCAUCUUAUCAGUGGCAAAAGUAAAAUGAAGAGAGCGUUCCACUUUUGGUGUUUUAAGAAAGAUAUUAUUAUUACUAAAUGUGGUCACACCCAAAGACUAGGUGUCAAUUUUGUGGCAUUAUUUUAUGUAAUUUAAUGUUAGUAUGGCCACUAUAAAUGAACAAUGCAACAAAUUAUGGAUAUCUUGACAAAUAUAAGCUGUUUCCCAACAGACAGUCCUUUCGCUAUCCCAGAAGUUUGUCGCAAAAAGAGGACCUUUGGUUAUGUGUGUAUUUCUAAGAGUUAAAAAGAGUAAAUUGACCAAAAGUGCUUAAAGGGUAACUACACAAAAAAAAUGUAAUAAUACCAAUCAGUGGUGUGUAGUAAGAUGCAAAAUUUGGUGUGUAAACUCUGUUAAAAUCCUUUUACCCAAAUCUCUCAUCUGAAAGUACUAGUCUUAGCAACUUCUAGUUCAGCUGUCCUCACCUCACUUUGCUGUGGCAGUGGGAGAUUUCCUAUAUACAUUGAUAGGCUAACAUCGAUUUGAGAGGGAGAAUACGACUCAGGGUAUGGAGGUGUGCAUAGUAUUCACCUUCACCCAGUAACAAAACUCUCCAUUAAUGAUUUCCCCUUGAUCUUCCAUGCUGCGCAACUUAAGAUGCCAUUAUUUUGCAGCUCCUGUUAAUUCCGUAGACUUCUAUGGAUCAACACUGAACUACAGGAAGAAAGGCUUGGAGGAUGAGACCUGAGUGAAGACUCAAGAACUGUUUGGCUGAAUUGUAACAUUGAGGACCACCACUGAUUUCUGUGUAGUAGGAAAUACCUUUUUAAGUAUAGUCUAGUUUGCAGGUCUUUUGUGCCAAAUAAUUCACAUGUAGCCAAUGAAGAUCAGCUAGUACAAGAAGUAGGUUUAGUGGAAUAGAAGUACUCCUCAUAGAUAUCUGUCCUGUAGGUAAAUUAACUGCAGAUUAAAUGAACAGUUUACUAAUUGUGCUGUUAAAAUAAUGUAUGUAUCUUCAAAUUAGGUGUGUUAAUGACAUCCAGUUUUGCCUCCAUUUCACAAGUGCAAAAACCAUAACUCUGUAUAACAAAAACUGUUUCUCAUACAGUUGUUGAAUGUAUAUAUAUUUUUUUGUUUACUUCAUAGGCUUAAAAGGGAAACUUGUUUUGAAGCCUAAAAAAAACAGCCUUUCUUAUGAGUAUACUUUUAGAUGUUGAUUCAUAGCCGGGGGCCUUACAAUGUAGAGGUUUUGCUGUGCUGGGUUCACAUUUUUUGUAAGUGCAUUAAAUAACUCCAUACAUUUCAUAGCAUCUCCUUUUUGUGUAUUAUAAAUAUGUGAAUAAUGUAAAAUAAAAAUGUUUUUUUGUGUAACACAGGGGCCAUGUUAGAGCUACUUGGUGCUUGAAAGGUGAUAUUACUUUCUACCUUUUUGUAAAGCCUUAUUUAUAUUUUAUGUACUCAUUCUCAAUCACAUUUGUUUUAUCUCAAUCCAUAGUUAAAAAGAUUUGAGUAAAACUCUAAGCAAUGGCGAUGCCAUAUAUGAAUUUUUUUCAAGUAGUAGAAAACAAAUAAAUAGUAUUGAUUUGUUGUGGCCCACAGCAAUCAGUUGAAUUUUACCUUGCAGUGGUUUAGUAAAAUCAGAGUAGGAGUGUUUUAUCAUAAGCAUGAGGGUGACCUUAAAAUAGUGUCCCAUUUUCAUUAUAAGUCCUAUCCAUGUUUAAAGCCUCUACUCCUUAGAUCAUGGCUGUUUAUGCUAUUAUAGAUAGCUAACAAGGCACUGUGCAUCACCUUCUCCAUUAUUUAUACUAGCAGAAGACAGUCAGGAACAAUGAAUAUAAAAUCAGCAUCUGCCUCAUUAUAGGAAUGUUCCAAAUUCAAGAUAAUAGAAGCUGGUUUUUGAUUGGUUGCUAGAAGUAAAACACAUCUCUACUAUCCACACUGUUCUUUCAUAAAAUUCCAAGCAUUCCUUCACUUUCAUCCCUUAGGAACUCCUUACACAUUGAACAUUGUAGGUUCAAUAUCUUAGAAAGAUAUAAUGGUCUGAUGCAGUUCUCAGUAACAGCUAAUCAGCUCAAGUGUUUUUCACUGAGAUCACAUCACGACAGACAUCUGCAAGUGUAUAUGGUGCAGGUCUGUGAGUUACAAUGUCAAACAUUCAACGCAGAAGAGAAGACGACACAACAGAAUCCAUAUACCUCAUCUCUACUGAGUUGUCACAACACACAAUUUUUGUUGCAGUUUAGGAAUCAGUUUUUGUGGUGUGUGUAGUAGAUAUGUCGGUUUCAGUGUUUGUCAUAAUCAUCUGCAUGUUACACUGUUUUAGCUGACCGACCAGUUUGUGGGAGGUUGUCAUGUUGUGGGAAAAAUCACACGCAGGGUCACACUGAAAGUGAAGCCAUGCCGUAGAAAGUCAUCAUGCUACAUUUCCGUAUUUGAACAAACUUUUUACAUGCCUUGCAGAGCUUAUAAUGUUUAAGCACUGGCACCGCUGUCAUCAGAGUACUAAUAUUGAGUUUGGGUGCUGCUUUUGUAUAAACUAGCCAACUUUGCUGUAGUAACACUCAGAUUACAGCAUGCCAUGGAUAUUCUUAGACCAGCCAUGGCUUCUGUCAAAGAAUUUCCAGUCUGAGGCUAAUUGAUCAUGGCGUACAGUCCAUAGCCACCAAGGGGUACCAUUUUUUUUCUCGCCCUUUAUAGUGUGCAAGAGCAAGCCCCAAUAACCUUUGAAAAAACAGGACAUUGACCACUCACCUUAGAGUUCUAUUGGCUGGUGUGCCGUGAUGGGAAUACCGUGGGAUGAUUAGUUAGUAUAAGUAGGAUUAUUUGACAAGUGAUUCCUAUUAUCCCACAUAGGGGCAAUCACAGCCUGUAUUGCUCUAGUUUUUGUAGGGGCUUCCAAUUAUCCUUGCUAUGGCCAUUAAUGACUAGUUUCACAUGAACAGCUUGUGUGGCUGGCCAACAAGCAAGUGAUGACAUUAUUGGAGGUAUAUUAUAAUGAUGUUAUUGCCCUGCUAAAAUAUCAUCACAAUAUUCUCUCUACUGUAGCUCAACAGAGAAAAAGUGCACUUCUGUAACACAGGCCAUUGUAAAAUCCUUGCUUAAUACUUUUUAAAGUGUACCUGCUCAUACUAAAAGAGAAAUACUCUGUUUUCUAAACAUUACUUUAAAUAUAAAGGUAGUGGCUGAUUAUAACGUGUUACUGUUUCUUCCUUUGAAUGCCGGUGCUUGUGUACGGCCAUCUUGUAAUACGUCUUGCGGGGAAUGUGGUUACUGUGGGUCGUGGUUUAGAUAUAAUUGUCCCUUUAGCCCUGAAAACUGGAUACGUGCUAGGUAGAAACGCUGGCUUGGCAUUUUUCUCUAACAUUGAGUGAGCUGCAGUUAUUCGUGUUUUAUGAUGAAGUAUUAGAAAGGACUAAGCCAACACAAGCUAUGCUAGGGAAUUUAUUUAACUUUCAGUAUAGGUUCACUUAAAAAACAAUAAUAGUCAAAAUUACCUUCCAAUAGCAUUUUAGCAGUUAUCUACCUUACAAAAUAUAACCAUCUUAGCACAUUGAGAAGCUGUUUUCAUUUUCACCAGAAAAGUUUUCACCUCCCAUUGAUUAAAUGUUUACAGAUGUAUGUACUGUGGGAUCAUUUCCUUCACCUGUCAAAUUAUUUUGUAGUCUUAAAGUACCCAAUGUGUUCAUGUCCAAUUUGUCUGUUGUUGACCUUACUACUAAUGUAAGAUAUUUGUGUUACUGGUUAGUCUCUUCUAUGUAAUGGUUCUACGAACUGUUCUCCUUUUCUAGUCUUAACUGCUGUAGAAAUAGCAGCUUAGUAUCUGUGCAAUAAGUGUUUGUUGUCUUAACUUUCUAUAAAAUGAAAUACACCAGAAAAACAAAAACUUUAUGAAUGUCGUAUUUGUUGUAUACUGAACACAUAUUUAUACUUCAGCUGCAAAGCAUAACAUUGAAAUAAAAGGUCGGCAUGAAGGUCAAA